UAGGUCUCUGUCGUCUGUAACUCGUACAUAUACAUACACAUAUAUAUAUACAUAUAUACCUGUGUAUAUAUAUAUAUCUUUAAAGCGGAGAGAGCCGCGUAUCGAUUUUUACGAUCGUGUGUGUCACACUGGGUGUGAGAGUGCGUGCUGUGUGCGCGUCGUCGUCGCCGUCGUUUACGUUGUCCGGCCUCCUCGUUAUCUCCGGGAGAUAUAAAACCAGAGGACACGGACGUUUUGCUAUUUAGUUGUUGCAUAUUACACACGAACGACAGUCGACUGGUGUUUCCUCGCGCGCGCGCGCAACUCACAAGUGUGUCAGUGUAUACCUCUCUGUGCAAUAUACGUGCUGUUUGUGUGUGAUAAGUAUUGGUCGUGUGUCUCUGUUCUUUGCUCCGCUGCUGGCUGAUAUAGCGCUGCUCCUCCUCAUCGCCGUCGUCGCCGUCGGCCUGUGCUGAAAAAAAAAAAAAAAAAAAAAAAAAAAAAAAAAAAGAAAGGGUGAGGAAAGUGCAGCGGUGCGCCCACACAUAGAGCCGUCGUUGUUUCUGCAUGGAGGGCCCCGCAGCUGCCGACGGACGGUGAAUGGGACUGGCCCUCAGCGGCGGCAGCAGCAGCGCUGACCUCCUCUUCGCCCAGGCAGGGGAGCACCAGCAGCAGAGUCAGUAAGAGCUUCGUCACCCUCGCGCCGCCCUCGCACCAACACUCACAAUGACGAAGGACAGAUUGGCGGCCCUCGUCGCGGCCCAGUCGGACGAUGACGACGUGGCGGACGAUGUGUCCGUCACUAUGCCCGAGGAUGGACACAUGAGCGAGUUUUUCUCGGAGGUGGAAGAGAUACGAGAGAUGAUAGACAAGAUCCAGGCGAACGUCGAGGAGGUGAAGAAAAAGCACAGCGCCAUCCUGUCCGCGCCUCAGACCGACGAAAAGGUCAAAAUGGAACUCGAGGACUUGAUGGCCGACAUCAAGAAAACUGCUAAUAAAACCAGAGCCAAGUUAAAGGUGAUAGAGCAAAACAUCGAGCAAGACGAGCACACGAACAAAUCCUCGGCGGAUCUGAGGAUACGCAAGACCCAACACUCGACGUUAUCCAGGAAGUUCGUCGAGGUCAUGACGGAGUACAAUCGGACACAGACCGAUUACAGGGAACGGUGUAAGGGCAGGAUACAACGACAGCUGGAAAUCAGUAAGUUUACUCCUUCUACGUCUAUCAAUUGAAUCGAGUAGGUAUUACAAUUGCGAUGACGCGUCAUGUAAUUGCAGAUAAUCAUGGAAACGCAACAAGCCAAACAAACUCUAGCAGAUAUCGAAGCGCGUCACGCCGAUAUCAUUAAAUUGGAAAACUCCAUUAGGGAACUCCAUGACAUGUUCAUGGAUAUGGCCAUGCUCGUGGAGAGUCAGGGCGAGAUGAUAGAUCGCAUAGAGUACCACGUGGAGCACGCGGUCGACUAUGUGCAAACGGCCACGCAGGACACCAAAAAAGCACUCAAGUACCAAAGCAAAGCCCGACGGAAGAAGAUCAUGAUUUUGAUCUGUUUGACUGUCCUCGCCUUAAUUGCCGGCACCACUGUCAUGUCAUACUUGGGCCUGUGAAUUCCCCGUAUCAGGAGAACCCGGAAGCGCAGUCGUAGCGCGUGUGCGGUUUUUGGCGAACGUGUCAAGAAUCCCGUUCGACGGCGCCGCGCCAACGCCCACGACAAGCAGCUGCGCGUGCAAAGUGUGUAUACACCGCGACGACGAACAGAGCAAAAACAAAACAAAACAAAAAAAAAACAAAAAAAAUGAAGUAUACUUAGCAAGAGACCAAAGCCAAAAUGAUGAUACCUCGUUUGUUGUUGCGAGAGGACUGUGCUGUAUAUCGGGAUAACCGGAGUCGUGCAAGUGAGCCAUUGGCGGUCAAUCGCGAUUUGAAAAAAUAAAAUCAAUCUUAGAAACCGUAGCGUGCAUAUACAAACAGCCAUAAAAUCCUACGUAAUAUGUUAACGACAACAGCUCACUCGUGCGCCCAUGGGUGUAUCAUGCGACAGACUUGUGUCGAUUACACGUCGAGUAGAGGGAGAGAGAGGAAGGGAGAUAAAACAAAGAAACAAACGGGCAAACGGUAAUAAUACGGUGGAGGUUGCCGCUGCAAUUUGUCAACUCGUUCGCUCGCCCUUUAUUGUAUACGCACGCACCAUACGAUGCUUACACUCACCUCCUCGGGAAUCGAACUUCUGCGCUAUACACACACACACUUGCGUAUAUAUAUAUACAUGUACGUAUAUUUAUUGUAUUCAUGCGCGCGCCUUCGCCCUUCCUCCCCCCGCGUACCCCCGUUUCUCUAUUAAUAACGUGCACACCCAUCCCAUCAGCCCCCCUUUGGCACGUACACACUUAUAUAUGUAUAUAUAUAUACCUGUGUACUCGGAACAAACACGGCCACCUACGUCACGGAGGAACCCCCGCGUUCCUUUGUGCCUCUCUCUCUUUUUCUCGGAAUGAAAAAUAUCAUUGAAAAACCAAAAAAAAAAAUGUGGCGAAACGAGAAGCCAGAGACGAAAGAAGGACGCCAUGCACGCGUGGUGAUAAUGAAUCGUACUUAUACCUGAGAGUAGUCCAGUUGUUGUACACAUUCCGGCAGGCCAUUAUUUGCUGGCUGAAAAACAACAGCGACGCGAACACCGAGACCCACACACCCACACAUUUAAAUAGGUAUAUACUUUUAGCCGUAAAGUUUCGUUUAUCGAGGGAAUAUUUUUUAUGGAGUAUUUAUUAAUUUAUUGUAGAUAGCAUCAUCAUCAUUAGGCUUAGGGUACAAAAGGCGAGCUGAGACGAGCGAGAGAAAUUGAAAUGAAAAAAUAAAUAAAUAUAUAUAAUAAUAAUAAUAAUAAUAUUAUGUAGUACGUAUGUACAAGAGAGGAAAGUCGAUGAAUACAAAAAAAAGAGUAGAGGGAUUAUGGCGUAUUCUGCUGCAGCAAUAAAUACUUAUUACUUUAAUUAAGUGGUGACGAGCGCGAAUCGAGGGAUGAGUGCGAGUGCGAGAUGAGAUUGUAAGCUUCGCGGCGAACGUGUGUGUGUACCGCUCUUUAUAUCAUAUAAAUAUCAUACAUUAUUAUAAAUUAAACAUAAUAUUACGCUGAAUAAUGGCAUAAAUUUUUUGUGUGCGCGCGAGAGAGUAAGAUAAUGUAAAAGGGGAUGAUUAGGUUGUUUGGCGUAAGCAGUAAAGGUGGAGAUUUGGAUUGCGUUGGCGAGUAAAGCCGAGUGAGUUAUUGCAUCAUAUUAUAUAUAUAUAUAUUAUACAUAUAUCGUAUAUGUAGGGAAUAUCGCGAGAGCGUUGCGAGUAAAAUUACAAUGUUAUUAAAAGAUUAAAGAAAUGAAAAGAAAAAAAAAACAAAAAAAAAACAAAAAAAAAACAUGUUUUCGUUUGAGAUAUUAUUAUAAAAAAUAUAUUAACGUUGCAAAAAGUAAGUAUUUACCAAAGAGGUUUACGCGCAGACGGGUGUUUUGCGAGGCAAUUCGUGCGUUAUUAAUCAUAUAUAAAAGAGACGAAGGAUAAAGGUAAGGGGGAAAAAAAAAUCAUUAAGUAACAACGCAGAUGAUGCAACGUUAUUCGUUCACACGUGAGAAAACUUGUGUUUUCGGGGAUGUAUAAUAAAAUAUGCUGGGGGAAAGAAUAGGAAAGAAAAAAAUAAGAAAGAGUUGAAAUAGUAUUAUUAUUUCGUUGUUAUUAUUAUGAAAACUCGAAAGCCCACGACCCUAUUGUAAUUGCACAGAAAGCGUAAUUGUUAGCUUAGUUGGCUACCAUUACUACAAUUAUUUUAUUAUGUGAUGUAAAUAAGAGCGACACGAGAGUCAUGAUGGAGUUGGUAAGCUCAGUUGUUUGCGUCGGGAAGAACAAUGUGUGGAGUGAGACGUUCAUCCAGUACGUGCAACGUCGAAGGCACUGGCCUAUCGGUUUUUCCUCGAGCAAAAAAUUGCCGCAACCUCACGUGUUCCACUUGUUUUCGCGAGCUCAUCGUAUUAGCGCGGCCGCGCUGAAAUCUGUGUUCAGAAACUUAUUUUUUACAAUGGACUCUUCAACAUAUACAUGCCAUUUCAAAGAGUGUGCCAUUACCUACUGCUGCCAUUUUCACGAUAAAUUAUUUACGUUGUCGCGAUAUUCUUUCAAGUAAAAUAAACAUAUUUUUUGAGUAGUACAAGUGUCGAUUACAAAAGACUGGAUGUGAACACGUAAUCACGAAUGGAGCCUCAGUGUCUUCGACGCGUUGCGUUCGUCUCACGCCUCGUAUAAAAAAUGUACGUGCUAUAGCAUAGUUGCUACAUCGGGAAGGUAUAAAAAUUACAUGAAUCGACAUCGGUCUAGCGUAUGACCGAAUAAUAGAAAUUACAAUCUUCGAGUCUGGGCAUGUCAAUGUGGUUGAAAGAAAAUAGAAAAAAAUUGUUUUUUUUUUUUUUUUUUUUUUUUUUUAAGCAAAUAGUUAAUCAACUGCUAUACUUACUCGUUGGGAAAGUUUGUCUCGUGGUCCACAUAGUCUGCAUUAAAAAGGCAAAGAGGAAAUGAAAAUGACGAGAGAUGCACUGCUGAUUUACGUAGCGAAUGAAAUAUGAUCAAAUUAUUACUACUUACUGCAACUCGGAAAGGUCGAUCGAGAUCUUUUUACUACAUGAGUAAGAACGUAUAAAUAUAUCAUAUAUAAACUUAAUUAAUUGCUGCUACUACUACUACUACUAUUACUACUAGUGUCCAGUCCUUCAAAGUUUCAUGGUUAUAUUGUAUAGUGACGUGUGGAUUUUUUAACGAAAUCUGCUAAUUUCCGACUUAAAACUUUUUCCCAUCGUCGCACGUAGAUUUUCAAUUUGACGUUUCAUAAGAGUAAGAAAGGAAGGACUAGGAUGAGAAAAAAAAAAAAAAGGAAAUACUUGAAUUAAUGAA